UGGUGAUUGACAGGUCUCUACCAGAGACGUAUACGGCGUCUCUACGUCACUCCUCAAUUGCCAAGAUGGCGACGCCCAAAUCGACAAAUUUAAGGCCUCAUAACAUCAGUCCACAAACAAUGGGUGAUGUCACGAUGACUACGUCUACUUCUUAUAAACAGUCAAUGUCCAUGACUCAAGAACUGAAAUGCUAAUUAUCACAAUUACUGCAUUAAUUCUAGUUUGUGAUUCUCUGCCAACUUUAUUUUAUUUAACCCUUUUCUGAAACUCUUCCCAUUGCUUCACUCUCUCUAGUUCUAGGUUGUUGUUGUUGUUGUUGUUUGGCGCUCAGGGAGACCAAGCUAAUUGGAAUAAAGACUGAUACUCUCGCUCUGUGUCCGUCUGUCCAGGAGAAGAUGCUGGACGUUUACUGGCUGCUGUGUGUUUGUAUUCGGACCAUCGAACACGCCGACAACACCGGCUCUCUGUUCGCCUUUUCUCCGGAGUUCUACCUCAGCGUGGCCAUGAAUGCAUACAGCGCCCUCAAGAACUACUUCAGCCCUGCAAACAGCAUGGAGGAGCUACCAGGCUACGAAGAAACCCUGACGCAACUAGCUGCUAUCCUCGCCAAGCACUUUGCUGAUCCACGUAUAGUGGGAACAGACAUCAAAGACUCUCUGAUGCAGGCUCUCGCCAGCUAUGUCUGUUACCCACAAUCCCUCAGGGCAGUGGAGAGGAUCCCAGAGGAACAACGUGUCGCCAUGAUGAGAAACCUGCUGGCUCCGUACGAACAGAGACCCUGGGCCCAGACCAACUGGAUCCUGGUCAGACUGUGGAGGGGUUGUGGUUUUGGAUACAGAUACACUCGUCUUCCUCACCUGCUGAAAACCAAACCUGAGGACGCCAACCUGCCCAGUCUGCAGAAGCCGUGUCCGUCGCUGCUGCUGCAGAGACACAUGGCGGAGCUGCUGAGCGUGGACAAAGACAUGGCCGCCUCGUUCCUCAACAGCGUCCUGAACCAGCUCAACUGGGCUUUCUCCGAGUUCAUCGGCAUGAUCCAGGAGAUCCAGCAGGCGGCCGAGCGUCCAGAGAGGAACUUCGUGGACACUCGUCAGCUGAAGGUGUGUGCGACCUGCUUCGACCUGUCUGUCAGUCUGCUGCGAGUUCUGGAGAUGACCGUCACUCUGGUUCCAGAGAUCUUCCUGGACUGGUCCCGUCCGUCUGCAGAGCUCCUCCUCAGACGGCUCGCUCAGUUGUUGAACCAGGUGUUGAACAGAGUGACGGCAGAGAAGAACCUGUUUGAUCGAGUGGUCAACUUGAGACUGCCAGGUCUGGAGAGUGUGGACCACUACCCGAUCCUGGUGGCUGUCACAGGCAUCCUGGUUCGAAUCCUGGUGGACGGAGACAGACAGGGCGGCGUCAUCGGGUCCAGUACAAAAACCUGCAGAACUAAUGACAUCAUCCGCCUCAGCCGCGCUGAAAGUGUUUGUGUAACCUUUUUAUAAACUGGACAGCUGCUGUAGCGUGUAAUACACACACACACACACACACACACACACACACACACACCCAACCCUGCUAGAGCUUCAAUAGCGUUACUCAUGCGACACAUGUUGCAGAAGAAGGAGCCGUGACACAAGCAGGUUUCUGAACACAUUCACUGAGCAGUGCAGCUACAGUUCCAUCACUUUUAUUUCAAUUGUUUCCUAAACAGCUCAUUCAAACAUUCGUGGUCAUCAAUUAGAAAAUGAUGAAGACAAUAAUCUUGUUUUGGGACAGUCAGUUAGCCUUUUGAGUCAUACAAACAAACCCUGUAUUACACCAACACAUCUGAAGUCUUACGGUUAUAAAAGCACGUGGCUCGGCAGUUUAAACAGGAGAUGAGGGCAGAAUGUGAUAAGAGCUUAAUUCCCCUUAACAACCUUUGUAGUAACAAAGUACCACGUUCUCUUUUCCUGGGAAGAACUUAAAGCAGCUUCUUGCGAUCGUCGAUGGAGAGAACAUGAACACAGACAUUGGUCCAAAAAAAGUUCGUCAUUUUGUGCAUCAAUCGGGUGUCGGCAACAUUUGAAAGAAACUGUUGACAGUUGUGAUCGUUCUGAUAGCAAUACGUUCUCACUCCAGACUCAUCACGCUUGGACGGGACUCUUUGGCGGCACUUUUCAGGCUGGUGCCAUCCGGCGUUAGCUGUUCCUACGAAAAGUAAUGAGUCUUCAUUCGUAGACAUCCCACGAAAUGACGAAAUUACGUGUGAUAUCCACGUAAUCACGAAAGACGAAGUAUAAAGACCGCUGAAGCUCACACAGGGCGGGAGGUGCUAACAUGGAUCUUUCACAGAGGAGACCGCUGUUCGAACCCCGAGUGAAAUGAGAAUAUAAGGUUUAUUUGUCACGCAACAUGCCGACUUCAGUAAUGGCACUUCCGCGCUUAUUUCAACCCAAACAACGAACUUAACCUAACUGUGAAGAUGGAAGACUUUCGUAGGAAAACGUAACUUGUUAAUGCACUGGCUAACCCUUAAUAAUUUGUGUGUGUGUGUGUGUGUGAUGUAAGAGUUUGUGUACUACUUGGUUAGGUUUAGGAAAAUAUCUUGGUUUGGGUUGAAAUAAGUACGUUUGUUACCCAGUUUAAGUUGCGGGCAUGAAUAAAGUAUGUAAAUUACAAUAAAUCAGCUUAACGCACAAUAACUUGGUUUCAGACGUACAUAAACCGCGGUCUCCUGGGUGAAAGUCCUGUUUGUUUGAGCCAUCCAUCCUCCCCGAACUCCAACUUUAUUGUAAAUCACCUGACUUCGUCCUUUAAUCCCGUCAUCACUUCCUGGCGUGUCCAACACGGACGCUAGAGUGGUGAGUGGAGCGUCGUAGUCUGAAUUAAAGCAGUGUUCUUACUCCCGACUCGUCGGUGGUGUCAAAGUUAUGGAGAACAAAAUAAGAUUAAAAACCAAGUAUCCAGGGGCUUUUAAAAGACACAAUAUUACAAGAAACUGUUUAGAUAAAACCUGUCUUCUACAUUCUGAAAGCAAUUUAAAGCAACUAGUUCUUGCACAAUAACUACAUGCUACUGUUUGCAAUCCCAUAUUUUGAUUAAAGCUAAUUAGCAAACAUUAGCAUGCUAGCGGCCCUAACGGAGAUGGUGAACAUGCUAGCAUCAUGACAGCAUGCUCAUCUAAUCUGAGUGAAAUCAGAUUGUUGUAAAAUAAAUUUUAGUUGUUUUCUCAUGCAGGUGUUGAGUGUGCCAGAUGAACCAUUAGUUGUUGUGACGUCCUACCAAUAGUUUAAGAAAAAAAAAAGUGUUGAUAUAUAAAAUAUAUAAUUGUAAUAUAUUUAUUCCACUUGGAUUGUAUAUUCUUUCUAUAUAUUCAGUGUUUUUAUUAUUUGUAGGAUUAUUAAAGCUACUGUUCAAAGUGGUCACUGUGUUUAAACAUGUGUUUUGUGUAUUAUUUAUUAUUAUUCAGAAGUGUAUUUGCAUUCAUGUCUGAUUAUAUUGAGUUAGUUUUAAAGUGUAACUAGUGGCUCAUGCAUUUAUUUUGACAAUAGUUCAUUCAUUAACCAUCAUCCACCUGGUUUGUAUAUUUUCUCUAUUUUUCCUUGUGAAGUCGACACACACACACACACACACGGCGUGUCGUUGUCGGAGCAGAUUUCCCUCGUCUUCUGAGCGGUCCUCUGUUACCGUGGAAACGACAGAACAGCUUGGACGGAGGGUGGGAGAUGGCGACGAAAGAGGAAGUUCUGAGGAAAAGUGAGAUGGAGGAAAGGUGGGAGGAGGCGAGGAAGGACAGACUUGUGAAGGGUCAGAGCGGUUUAGGGCUGAAGCAGAGAGAGGUUUGAGGGAUAGACCUGAGUGAAGGAAAGAUCACACGAGAGGUUUAGGAGGGAGGAAAGGUUACAAAGGAGGUAGUAGAAAUGAAAGUAUAGUAAAUGGGGGAGGGGCAGAACGGAGAGACAUUUUGGGGAGAAAAGGAGAAAGAAACAGUGAGUCAGAUUAUUUAAUAUAACUAAAGAUUAAAGACAAACGGUAAACUCAUCUCAAUUACAUAUAAUUCACAAGGUUUUUCCUCACAAUUUAUUUUUUUAACAAAAGGAGUUUGAAGACAAAAUAGGCCGGGAAACAUUAUUCCAUUAUUUUUCAGGCAAAAAAAUCUACAAAAUAUAUUUUGGAGUCGAUCCCAGCCGACAUUGGGCGAAGGCAGGGUACACCUGGACAGGUUGCCAGUUUAUCGCAGGGCACAUGUAGAGACAGACAAACAUUCACGCUCAUAUUUACUCCUACGGGCAAUUUUGAGUCUCCAAAUAACCUAAGCUGCAUGUCUUUGGACUGUGGGAGGGAACCCACGCUGCUACCGGGAG